UCAUGUACCUUAUAGUAAAAGAAGCCGCGAAAAUGUUUCUAUAUGAAUAGUAACCUAAUUAACAAUGUAUUUAAUAUUUUAAGAUAAUUAACUUUCCGGUGUUUACAUUUAUUUUUGUACAUUACGAAAAAUGGAUAAUGAAUUUCCAGAUUCAGAUGAAGAAUACGAUUUAGUACGUAAAGAUGACUUUGAAGUUUUACAAGAAAUCCAAGCUCAAUUAAAUAACAAGAAAAAUCUUAAAAAUAAUGAGGAACAAACGUUACAACAAACCGAAAAACAGAAACUGUUUGAAAAUGAUUUCAAUUCGCCAAGCACUUCUCUCCAGGCAAACAAAUCUUAUAAUCAUUCCAUAGCUAAUUCCAGAAAAAGGAAUUAUGAUGAGCUAUUUGGUGAUAUAUCAGAUUUAUUGGAAAAAGAUACUUUCUCCGAGUACUUGGAGCCAAAAGAAAAAAGACCUUGUUGGUAUGAAACAGAUGCUAUUAUUAAAACAGUUGUUAACACAAGAAAAAAAUUGCAAGAAGAAGACGGUCAUGUGCUUUAUAAAGCUAAACAUUAUCAGGACAAGGAAAAUGGUAACAUUUCUUUACGCGUACCAUCCUGGAAUUUUAUAGCAUUAACUAGAUCCUUUGAUUCUCAACGUUUAUAUAUUAGAAUCAAGAAUGAAGAAAAUAUAACUGUAGAAUCAAUGAAACCUGUUCGUAAUCUAUUAUCAAUACCAUAUGAUCAACUUAAAGCAGAAGCAGAAGAAAUUAUUGUCAAUAAUGCAAAACGUGCAAGUUUAGCAGCCACUACGUCUUUCGAUUGCGAUAAAACAUCUGGCACUGAAUUAUGGGUUGAUAAAUAUAAACCUAAAAAAUACAUAGAACUUCUUUCGGAUGAAAAUGUUAAUAGACAGUUUCUGUAUUGGUUAAAGUUAUGGGAUAAAAUAGUAUUCAAUAAAGAAAUAUCUUUUCGAAAAAAGAAGAUUAAUGUAUCUACAACAAUGUCAGAAAAAUUUGAAGAUAGUAAUAAGAAUGAUGUGGAUAAUAAAGGUUAUCCUAUUCAUAAGAUAGUAUUACUUACAGGACCUCCUGGAUUAGGAAAAACAACUUUAGCGCAUUUAGCAGCAAAACAUGCAGGUUAUAAUAUUAUUGAAGUUAAUGCAAGCGAUGAAAGAGGACCUGAUGCGUUUAGACAAAUACUUCGUGCUUCAACGCAAAUGAAAGCAGUAAUAGGUAAAGAUCCACGUCCAAAUUGUUUAAUUCUUGAUGAAAUAGAUGGUGCACCAAUAGCUUCGAUCGAAGAACUUUUAAAAUUUGUACAAGGGAAAUCUUCUUUCAGAGAUAAAAGAAAUAAAUUGAAAACUGAGAAAGAAGGAGAAAGUUGUCAACGGCCUAUAAUUUGUAUUUGCAACGAACUGUAUACUCCAUCUUUAAGACCACUCAGAAAUUUCGCUCUUGUAAUAGCCGUACCACCAGUAAGUACUACAAGAUUAGUACAGCGACUAAUGGAAAUUGCACAAAAAGAAAAAUUAAAAAUACACCAAAAUGAUCUUCUAAAAUUAGUAGAAAAUUGUGACUGUGAUAUUAGAUCUUGUCUUGGUACAUUACAAUAUAUGGGAAAUCUUGAUAUAAAGCAUAAUAUGUCUUUAGGAUUAAAAAAUACUCGCAAGGGAUUAUUCGAUACAUGGAAAGAAAUUCUUAAAAUUCCUAUCAGUAAAACGGGUAUUCUAUCUGUCCGCGACAGAGUGCAUAACAUAUUAAAAAUAAUACAGAAUGGAGAUAAUGAAAAGUUAGUUAAUGGCAUAUUUCAUAAUUAUCCUACAAAUUGUACUGAGAAAAUUCUAAAUAUAUCUGAAGCAGCUGAGUGGUUUCAAUUUUAUGAUGAAAUUUCAACCUCUGUAUUACAUAAUCAAUCUUGGUCAAUUAUGCCAUAUACAAAUUAUGCAUUUCUUACAUGGCAUUUGAAUUUAUCUACUAUGCAAGUUCCGAAAUUAUUUUACCCUGUUAUUGUAUUUGAAACAAAUCAAAAAAUCGCAAAAAGCACAAGCAUCUUGACAACAGUGAAACGUAAUCGUGGAAUUGAUAAUAUAACAUUGAUUAUGGAUAUUACCCCUGUUCUACCUGAUCUCUUAAAUCCACAAAUUCGUACUGUUUCUGGUCAUUUAUAUUCUUCUGCAGAAAAAGCUCAUCUCUCACGUGUUGUUAACAUUAUGAUAGAUUUUGGACUUACUCUAGUACAAGAGAAAAAUACUGAGGGAAGAUAUGAAUACCAAUUGAAUCCCAAUAUUGAUGAAAUUGGAUGCUUUCAUGAUUGUAAAAACCGUAUAAAAAUUUCUUAUGCAGUAUUACAAAUUAUUUCUCAAGAGUUACAAAUUGAAUAUGUUAAAAGAUCUGCAAAAGUCACAGGAAUUAUACAAAAUGAUACGGAGGAAAAAGUACAGAACAAAAUGAAAGGAACUGCCAUAAGUGCAAAUCUAGUACAACCAAACAAAUCUAUGAUAGCAAAUACUGAUGCAUCUAUUAUAUCAAAUUGUUCAAAACAGGUUGAUAAAACUUCGAUGCAAAUCUCAAAAUAUAAAAAUUACUUUGGUGAAAUAGUACCUGAUAAUAGCAGUAUCAAAACAAAUGUAAAAUUAUCUCCAAAAUCAGACGGAAUAAGACAAAUCCGAGACAUAGUGAAGAAAUACGGCGUCUGGUAUAAAUAUAAAGAAGGUUUAACUACAGCAGUACGACGGCAAGUUUUAAUGAAAGAUCUGUUGUAACUUGUCAUUAAUACUUGAUAUAUACUUCAUAUAUAUAUGCAUAUAAUAUGAUAAACAUUAAGAUAAUUGUAACUAACAUAAAAUAUAUUUUUUAUAACUUU